UUCGGUUGUUCCUGGUUUAUUGGAUCAUACUUAUUCAUACCUCAAAUCUUUCUCAUCAGCACCCGUCCAAGGUUAUAUUGCCUAACAAACACUUCUACGUUUCUCUAUCAUUUCUCUAAUCGAUCCGGCUUCUAAACACCUCUCAUCUGUCCCCUUGUCAGCCGCCGCCGUCGCCUUGUCGUUCUCUUUCUCUCUUUCAAUCAUGUCGAUAACAGAAGCACCCUUCCGGCCUAGAGAAAAGCUGGCUGAGAAACAGAGGUAUUUCCAGAACAUUCAAAGGCACACUCAUUUGAAGGGUCCCAUGGACAAGAUAACCUCUGUUGCCAUUCCUCUUGGUUUUGCAAUUUCAUCAAUCUAUAUGAUUGGUAGAGGGAUCUACAAUAUGUCACAUGGCAUUGGGAAGAAGGAAUGAUGGCUCAACAAUGUCUGCCCUUCCAUGCUUUGACUUAAAUAUUGUUUUUUUUGGCAUUUGGAAUUAUGGAAGCAUUUUGUUGCUAAUAACUUGUUGUUCUUUGGCCAACAUAACAUUGCAUAUGGGACAAACUCCAUGCACUUAUAUUUUAUUUACAUGAGAAAUAAAUGCUACUAGGCACUAGCAACAUAUUGUAGAAUUAUGAAGAUGGCGUUUAUAUUUGAUGAUGAUUGAUGAACAUUUUCUAGAAAUAUACUUCCUUCGGCUUUGAAUGAACUUUGCUCCUUUUC